AUGAGCACCAUCCCCGUCUGUGCAGUCCCCGAAGGCGCCGUGGUCGAGGUGGCUGCCAGCCCCUACCCCUACCCUCUGCCCGUGGAGCACACGGCACUGGUGAUGAUCGACUUCCAGCGCGACUUCAUGGAGGCGGGCGGCUUUGGGGAGACGCUGGGCAACAACGUGGCGCUGCUGCGCGCCUCCCUGGAGCCCGGCGCCCGGCUGCUGGCUGCUGCGCGCAAGGCGGGCAUGCUGGUGGUGCACACCCUGGAGGCUCACAAGCCCGACCUCUCAGACCUGCCUCGCUCCAAGCAGCUGCGCGGCAACCUGCCCCCAGAGCUGCGCAUCGGUGCAGAGGGCGCCAUGGGGCGCAUCCUCGUGGCUGGCGAGCCAGGCAACGGCAUUGUGCCAGAGGUGGCUCCCAUCGAGGGCGAGUGGCAGGUGCACAAGCCCGGCAAGGGCGCCUUCUGGGCCACCGGGCUGCACGAGAAGCUGCAGGCUCGCGGCAUCACCCACCUGCUGUUUGCGGGGGUCACCACCGAGGUGUGCGUGCAGACGAGCAUGCGGGAGGCCAACGACCGCGGCUACGAGUGCCUGCUGGUCACAGACGCCACAGGCAAGCCGAGCGCAGCCUACUUCCCGGAAUUCAAGGAGGCGGCGAUCAAGAUGAUUGAGGCCCAGGGCGGCAUCGUGGGCUGGACGGCAGACACGGCGGCGGUGGAGGCGGCGCUAACGGCGAUGCCGAAUCCCUGA